AUGCCUCCCUCACACAGGAUCUCCACAGAAGACCCAGAACCACUCACUUGGCUUCUUCAAUCAUUCGCCUUCGGCAAAGACCAAAAGACUACCGGUUUUACGAGCCUGUUCUUGGAUCGCGCGAACGCAGAGUUCGGGUUCAUCCGGUAUAAUGCCUACAAUGCCGCGGUCUUUCCACGCGAUCCCGAAACAGAUUCAGCAAUGUACUUCCAAGCCGAGGGUGCGCGCGCAGCAGCUUGGAGGGAGAAGUGCAAGAAGUUCUGUGUCCUCUUCCAGCAUCUGCAGCUUGACCUAGAGUUUGCUUCGCCAGAUCUCGCUCGCUCGUUUCUGGACAUGUUGGGAGACAUUAUGAUGGCAGCAGGCAAUCAGUUCUACACCUAUGAAGUUCCGCCAAAAGGAGCAUUCAUGAGGGCCGACUUCGACAUGGAACAGCAGGGCUUCACCGGCCGCGCUACGGAGCCUUGGAUCGCGGUUCAAAACGAGUCAUCCGAGUGGCCUCACCUUCGCAAAACAGAUGAGUGGUCAGACUUCACUAUUUUCGCAGGAGGUAGCCAGUUUCUGGUGCAUCGCAUCAAGAUUUGCAAAGAAUCAAACUACUUCAAAGCGUACAACCUCGAAGCCAUCAAGCGCAAGGCUGCAGAAGCCAUCAUCGACCGGCUCCCUUUCGUCAACAAUGCGCUCAUGAUCGUCGAUCUCGCCACUUACAUAUACCACGAGAGGUGUCCGGAGAACGAUCGCGGCUUACGUAAAGCCAUCAUUGCGUGUGUUCGGACGAGGAUGCCUGUUAUACUAGGAGACGAGAGCGCGUGGAAGGAAUUCUCAGAGAACAAAGAUGUACUGAGAGCGUUUCAUUUGCAUACGUGUGAGAUGGACGGUGUUGACGGUAGUAAUGGUGAUACAGUUGGGAUUGGGGCUGGUAUGACCACGCCGCCUGCUUCGCCGCAUACGAUGGCUGGGCGGUAA